AUGGAAGCUGUACAAAAGGACUCCUGGUACUUCAUGGUACUCAUCUUUCUUCAUUUUCUUAAAGUUGCCGUCCAACAGGAAGAAGUCGACGUGGUUCGGUUGGAGGAGGGGAUGGUGCUGAGCUGUUUGUGCCCCUGGGACGGUAAACUGACCAUGGUGUCCUGGACCAAAGUGCCAAACGAUAAUCCCAUGGCUGUUUUCCAUCCAGACUUCGGAGAGGCUUUCUCUCACCUGUACCGAGAGAGACUCGAGUUCCUGAGGAACUCGCCAAUGGAUGGAAGCAUUUCCAUGAGGAACGUUACUCAUCGGGACAUUGGGGAGUACCACUGCUCCAUCCAGACCUUCCCUCAGGGACCCUGGACUAGGAACAUUCAGGUGGAGGAUUUAGAUGAACCACCAGAGGAAGGGAACAUCACGGAACCCGUUCCCACAGAGGUGACCGUAGCAGACGCAGAGCUGGUAGCAGAGCAGAGCGACAACAUGACCAUCAGGUGCAACCAUCAGCACAACGGUACAGUCUACCAGGUCAUAUUUGAGAGGAUGCUGCUUGGCCAUCCCUGGACCAUUAUCGGCGUGUGCAAGACGGUGGAGGGGGGCCUGGUGGGCGAGGACUACAGCGACAGAGGCAGAGUCGACUGUGCAGACAGCCUGGAUGUCAGUUUGCACAUGACUGAUGUUGCACCGCAAGACAACGGCUUCUAUCGCUGUACUUUUAACACGGACGUGGGUGUGCAGACUACCACCGUUCAGCUGACUGUUCCCAUUGCAGCAGGUGGAUUCAGCCUGUCGUUAUACAUGAUGUACAUUUACAUCGGGGCUGGAGCUGCUGGACUCCUUCUGCUCACCGCCAUCCUCAUUCUCGCCAUGAGGCACAGGAAGAAAACUAAGAGAAAGGAGUAUCGAGUCAAACUGCACUCGUCUCAGAGACAGCCCAACCUGUAUGAGAAUGUCCCUGUGUAUCCCCAGUUUGCGAAGAACUCCAGGCAGUCCAAAAACUGCCCGAUCUAUGCCAACCUGCCGGCUGGACGUUCGCUCCAAACCGCUCGGCGGCCUCACAAUAUAAGAACGUGCGUGCUGUAA